AUUCUGACAGUUGCUGAAUUUUUUUUCAAGUUUUGUUCUCUCACACAUCAAUCUCGAUGUUGGUCGGUUGAUAUUCCCCCAACCAGAAGGAAAACGAUGGACUUCGAAGAAGGCAGGGAGGCCGACCCUACAAACGACAAGUUGGACGUCGAAUACCGCCAAAUCUUGAGAAUAAUAAAGCCUUACAUUCAGACCAUCAACAACAACACCUACUUGGCGCAGUACAGGAUCUGGCUGGAGAAACUAAGCGAAGCUAAGGAAAACGAGAAGUUUGUCAGGAAUCAGUAUCUGAUGGAGUUGGCGAGGCAGAUCCAGUGCAAGCAUUUGGCGACGCCCUUCACCCAAACGCCACCAAGGGGGCCUCUACCCCCUCUCAGGGGUAACCAGUGGAACUUUGAGGAUGUCCCUUACGAGCAACAGUUGGACGUGUCUGAUCCAUACCUGAACAAGCACAUGAUGUGCCAGCAAUGGGCAGAAGACAACGAGAACAACCAAUCGACGAACAAAUCGCAGUGGCCUUUCCACACGUCCAUCCCCAGACCUAGGAAACUUUCGUCCAACCAACAGCUGCUGUCUCCAGAGCACCAGCAUCUCAAGGAAGCCCAGAGGUGCGUCCAAAGAACCGCCACCAGCGUUAAGAAGAUCAGUUUGCUCAAGGAGAUCGACGAUCAGUGCCAGGAAAAGUACAUGGAAGAUUUGGCCAGAUCCACGGCGCCUAGAUCGCCCACGAGGCAGAUCAGAGCCUCCACCCCGACGACAGAGUCGGACGCCAAGAAACGACAGGCGUUCCCCUCUCAGAACCCCUCGCUGGGGGUGAUACAGGAGGACAAUUCGGACACUCGCGAAGACGAGUCUUGGUGCGAGCUAUCCGACAACAGCAGCACCUCGUUGGCCGUGCUCGGUUCGGGCGAUACCGAGGGUAAGGAUAAGAAGAAAGCAGACAAGACCGGAGACAGAUUCGAGAAGAAGAUCAACACGCUGAUGAUCGAGAUCAACGGGCUGAAGAGGAAGAGCGAGAAGGUCAACGAGAGGUGCGAGCAAACCGUGAAAAACGUGCAAGAACACCUCCCGUCCAGAAAUCUCAACUCUUCAGAAGAGCUGAGGGUGAGGAAAUUUCCGGAGAAGGUAUUCCCGCAAGAUGAGCCAGACGUUGCCGAGGAGAAGGACGCCAGCUAUAUGACCACGGAUUGGAAGAAGAUCAUAGAGAGCCUGCAGGUUAGACUCAGCGAGACUCAACAGCAGAACAAGGAACUGAACUCUCUCACCAGCACGUUGCACAAGAAGAUCAAGGAGAUGGACGCCGCCAAAGAACAGGUGAAACAAGAAAUAAAAAAGCAAGUUUCUGAGCAGCACAAGAAAGAACUGGACACAUUGAAGAAUAGCCACGCACAAAAGUUGAAAGAAAUGGAGGAAGCACAAGAGAAAAAAACCAAAAAAAUGGAGGACAAUUUCGCGAAGGAAAAAGAGAAUUUGAAGAAGGAAUCUGACGAUAAAAUUAAGGAAUUGGAGGAAAAAAACAGCGUCGCACUCAGAGGAAAGGACAAGGAGAUAUCUCGUUUGGAAGAUAUCAUCCAGAGGGAAUGUACUAGGUUGGUUACAGAAAUCACGGUACUUCGAAGUCAGAUAGAGGAAGCUUCUAGCACCAACACCAGCAACGACGAAAGAAUACUUUUUCUCCAAAAGUGUAUCACGAAAAUGGAUAGGCUGUUUCAGAAAUCGGAAAGGGAAUAUUGCAGACAAAUUGAAAAACUGAAACAGGAACUCGACAAUAGAGAAAAGGCGAUACAGAUUCAGUUGCAAACUCAAAAGGCCGAAGUCAUCUCCAGGUGCAGUGCAGAGAAACAGUCUGAGUUGGAUUUGUUAGUUCAGAAUCUGGAGUCCAAGUAUACGCAGUUGCUGGAGUUACAACAGGGUCAGAUUGCAAGGAUGAGGGAGGAGGAUGACAAGAUGAUCAACGAUUUGAAAUCUAUCCUAGACCAACACAAUAUACCGUAUUGAAAUAUUUAACACUUGUUUCUUAGUGGUCUUGGUACCACUCACGAUAUUAUACAGUGACGAAUAUACUUAUAUACCA